CACAGCAAGGUUUACUGGUUGGUUGCUAGGAGACGGGGCUGCUGGCCCGCGCGCUGAGAGAGUGAGUGGAGGAAAGUUUCAUAAAGUCUCUCUCUGAAAAGGAUCAGAAAAUUAGCUACAUUUCAGCCCCACAUAACCAAAAGCAGCAGUGACAAACCCAGAAUGAUCGACUAGUCCUGAGAGAAAUCUGUGUUAAAGACAACAUGCCAGGAACAGUGAGGACAUUAAACACAGUGAGCAGCUAAAGAUGAAGAAACUGAUCGAAGAACUGCGUUAAAAAUUCUCCACAGGAGUUUCACCAAAUGACAAGCCUCUUAUGUAAAACAACACAUUUAACUGCUCAGGUUACACCUAAGGUACCUGUCUACAGAUAUUCACCAGGGAGCCACUUGUGUCCUGCUCCUUACAAGUUCAAGCAGACCUUCCUUAAUUCAGCCUUUUUUUCAAUAAGGUACUCAGUCAGAUAAUAACUCAAAGACAUCCGAAAUGAAAAGAAAUAUCAAUCCAAAUGUGUCCACAAGUGAAAAGACUUCACCAAAGCUUGGUUCUGGACAAGAGGCGGUGAAGACGCCAGCUAUAGCAUCUCUUGCAGGAACCGCUAGAUUAGUAUCUCUGUCCAAAAGGCCUCAGCCUCCUGCUAAGCCUAGAUCAGAGAAGCCUUCAACAGCAGGGGGGGCUUUUAAGAACCAGACUCCUUCAGAGCAGUUGUCAGGUGAAAAGAAGCAAGCUCCUAGAAAUCAGGGUCAGUAUUUAACAGUUCUGGAUAGAUGCUGUUUGCUGAACUCCUUUAGCUCUGAUGAAAUUACAGUGGAUCGUAAUGAGUAUGAACAGGAUAGACGAAAAUGCAGAAAGGAAAGCGAGAAAAAGAGAAGACAGCUGACGGAUAGGCAACAGGAGGAGAGGGCUUCUAAAGAACACAGCUCAGGUAGUUCUAAAAGCAGCUCUGCCACCAGCACCAUUCGGAGUAUAAAGUCUGUCACUGAACUACUAGAGGAGGCCAGAAAUAUUGCAACUGGGGGACUGCAGGAGAUCCACCACCAGAGGGUGACAGAGAAAGCAGUAUCAGAUAUGAUGAAGCAGGAAAGUGGACACACAGUGAAUGACCAAAUGACCAAAUGUGGAGACCUGCAUACCUCUGAGCCAGGGGUACGAGAACAUGUGGUCUUUGAUAUUUCUGAUAAGCAGGUCCGGAGCCAUCAGGACGUCCUAGAAGGCAUCAGAGAAGAGAAAAUUCCUGCAGGGACUAUGAAUCAUGCACCUGAUUUGACAAGGAGCUGUAAGGUAGACAUUCUAUAUUCACAGAAAGUCUCAGAGCUUAUCUCUGAUGAGGUGACUGGUUUAGAGGCUCUAGGGAGCAGUUUUCUACCAGUCCAGAGACCUCAAAGGGCAUUGCAGCAAACAAGAACCUUGCAUGGCCUUUCUCUUCUUGCAACCUGGACCCCUAAAACAGAUUCAGGGGAGUACAAAACCAUCCACCACCUCUGUACUACACCUGCCUGUCAAGUCCUGCCUGUGGAGCUGCAGUUAGCCUCCAGAAUGUACCACACUCAGGACCUGUUCAUAAAAACUACACAGUUUCUCCAGCAGAGGACAGCAUUCAGACAAAUAGCUGCCCACCCUGACUCUCAAUGGAUUCUGUGGAAUGGUGUUCCUGUGGAGAAUGUUGGAGAUACAGAGCAGACAGGUGGCAUCACACAACUUCCUCCACAGUCAUCAGAUGCUCUGGAGGAGUGGCAGAAGAUCGCCGAGUACUAUGUGGAAAAACCCAGGAUGAUUUUGUGUGGACAUGCGGCUACACUAUGUGAUGGACAGUUGAGAAUGUUCUGGAGUCCAGCACCUCCAAAAUUCAGCUCUGCUCCAAAUGUUGUAAAAGACGCACUCUUCCCCCACUAUCAGGUAACCCCUGCUGAUCUCUCCGGUGAGAAUUUCUUGGCUGGUCUGCAGGCUGAGAUGGAAUCAGGCAAUGAUCAGAUGGAGAAGAAGCCAAGAGGUUUAUUGGAAAAUAUUCUCUCCAGAAAACACAAGUCUUUGAUGGAUCUGAGAGCAGAGGAAUUGGUUUCUGAGCCUUCUCCAGAGGAUCACCACGAACAGCAGCUGAAGCGGCCCUUCUCUGCCCCACACUUCCUCCCAGCUUCUGAGUCUCCACUGAGGCUGCAGUCUGACUUCACCAGCAUCAGCAGAGAGCUGGACCGCGUCCGACAGCAGCCGCAGACCCCCAUCUACACCCAGUCUAAUUCCAUGCUCAGUGCCAGCCAGGCUCAGUCACAGAAUACUCGCAAUAAGCCCACCUCUCCAGAGAAGCCGAGCUGGGACCCAAGCCACAGUGUAUCACAGCAUAGCAGGGUCAGACCCAAGAGGGUCCUGGGAAAGUCUAUCAAAAAAAAGAAGAGUCACAAAUCUUCCAAGCUGGCCUACGUUCAUAAGAAACUGAAGGAGCUGCCAGAAACUCUUACCAGGAGUGUGUCCUCGUGUGAGCUUUCACAAAUUCACAAAGUAUCAGCAGAACAGACUCUUCUCCUCCGCUUCCCCAGUCUACCAUUGCUACUAGACUUUGAUGGUUUUGCUGUGGAACAGGGAGGUAUUCCUGUCAUGCUUUCACAUCAAGAGUGGGUUGGAGAUAUUUGGAACACCUGGUUUGAUGAGGUCUUCCCCCCACAAGAUCACAGCACCACCAAGAAUGAGCCAGAAGCCAGACAGAUGCAGCCAGUCUCCAAUAAGCAGCUAAAGAAGAAGAAAGAGAUCCCAAUUCUGGACAAAGUGGACCUUUCUGAAGCACUAGAUGAGGGUUUUACCGUUGAAGACCUGGAGAUGGAGGUGGCCAAGCUGACAGAGUCUAUGAUUAAAAACACAGGGAACAAUGGUUUCGACCUGUGCCGCAGAGGAGCGCUGUAUAAAAAACUGGGUCUUCUCAAACAAGCUCUUGAUGAUCUGAAUGCUGCCAUCUCCCUGGAGCCUCAUUUACUGGACGCCUACUGGCACAGACACAGCAUCUCCCUGCUGAGAAAUGCCCCCAAUAGUGCUCUCGAUGAUCUGCACUUCAUCAUUAAGCACAACAAGAAGCAUGCAGAUGCCUUCAGGUCAAGAGCAGAGAUCUACAGAAUGAGAGGAGAGACUAGACUGGCCAUAUUGGACUACACACAGGUCAUAAAGAACAAGCCUGAUGAUGCUGAGAACUACUUUAGAAGAGCGGAUCUGUAUGAGAAAACAAAUGAGAUUUCUUUGGCCAUGGAGGACUAUGCUAAAACAUUUGCCAUUAACCUGGAGAGGACGGACGCGCUGAUGGCACAUGCCCUGCAUCACUUUCACACCUCUGUCUGGAGGGUGGCCCUGGAUGACUUCUCCUUACUGCUGAAGCAGGAGCCAGCAAACGCCAGAGCCAGGACCUACAGAGGAAGGACCUUUGCCAAGCUUGGGCUUUUUAAAGAAGCUAUUGAAGACUUUUGUCUGGCUGUGCACUUGGAUCCCAGGGACUGGUUGGCAUUUUACCACCGUGGCUGCCUGCUCAGGAGAAUACUGCCCGAUGUGGCCUUAAGAGACCUCAGUGUGUCUGUGCUGAUCAAUGGUAGUUCAGAGAAUCUUGCUGCUUUCCUUUAUCGUGGUCUGCUCUACACGGAACAGCAGCAGUGGCAGAAGGCCAUGGCCGACUUUAUAGCUGUGAUCAAAAUCGACAGGACUGUUGCUGCAGCUCAUAUCAACCUGGGGCUUAUCUACAUGCUGAAGAUGAACCAGAGUCAAAAGGCCAUUCGGAGGUUUAGCAAUGCUAUAAAAGCAGACCCCACAAACAUAAAGGGCUACGUAUGCCGAGCUAGAGCUUACCACAAUGUGAAUGAUCUGAAGAGGGCACUGAAAGAUCUGACUAGAGCUUUACACCUGAGGCCAGAUGACCAAUAUCUCCACAUCAUGAGAGGGCAGUGUUUGUGUAAUAUGGAACAGACCGCCCUCGCAACCUUCUGUAUACAGUAUUCAGCGGAGAUGAAAAAAGCUCUAGGCUUGACUCUGGUCCAGCAGGCAGCUGUCCAGUCUUUCUUGCAGAACGAUGCCAAAGCUAUUGCCUGCCUGGUGUCAGCCGCCAACUCCUGCCCCUCCCCUUCCAUCCUCAUCCUGUUAGGAAAGACACAGUUGAAGGUGCACAAGUUCAUGGAAGCUGUGGAGAGCUUUAAAAAAGCUCUGUCUUUCCUGAAUCCCAAAAAGACAAACAUCUGUAAUGUGCCAGAGGCUCCUGAGCUCUACUACCUCACCGGCGUGUGCUACAUGGCUCAGGUACGACUAAUACAAGCAAAAGACUCUUUACUGCCUCAGGCUCUGGAAGCUUUCAGCAAGGCAACCAGAAUAAACCCUGACUAUGCUGAAGCUUACCACCAGAGAGGCCUGUGCCGCAUACGCCUACAGCACUCCAACAGUGUACAGGACUUCAACAGAGCGCUCUGCAUCAACCCAAACUUCUACCAGGCCUACUUAAGCCGAGCUGCAUUGUACGGAGCUAAAGGACUAUAUAACAAAGCCAUUUUCAACUGCAGUGAAGCCCUCAAGAUUCAGCCAAAGAAUGUUAAAGCCUACCUGUAUAAAGGAGCUCUCAAAUUUUAUUUAAAGGAGUAUAAGAAAGCAGUGGAGGACUUGACAGUGGCCAUUGAAAUCGACAGUUCCUGCUCUCUUGCGUACUAUAACCGUGGUGUGUGUUACCAGGUUCUGCAGGAAUAUAAAUUGGCUCUUCGAGACUACAGCACUGUGCUGCUUCUUCCUGAACAGAAAGAGAUUGAGUUUAAAGUGCUCAUAAAUCGUACCCUUGUCCACAAGGAGCUUAAUGACCACUACAAUGCCCUUCAGGACUUGAAAGCAGCUGCCUCAAAACAGCCCAAGGAUGCAUCCCUCUUUCAUUCACUGGGACUCUAUUUCCACAGGUUAGGACAACUGCAGGAGGCGGUGGAGGCUUACAGCGAGGCUUUGAGACUCAGCCCUUUUCUCCUGAAUGCCUACGUUGGACGUGGCAAUGCCUUUAUGGACUAUGGCCACAGCCAGGGCUACAAACAGGCCCAAAGGGACUUCCUCUCUGCCCUGCAUCUCAACCCUCGCUGUUCCAGUGCCCGCAUUGGCCUGGCCUACAACUUACAGGUUUUUGGAUGCUUCCAGAGGGCCUGGAAUCAGUUCACAGUGGCUGUGGAGGUUAAUCCGAAGUGCUGGGCUGCCUAUGAGGGAAGAGCUAUUGUCAAUCUGCAGAUGGGGAACACAUAUGCAGCCUUCCAGGACAUAAACAAUGCUCUGAAGUGUAAUCCUCACUCAGACCAGCUCCUCACAAAUCGAGGUGUGAUAAACCAGUUCAUGGGAGACAAAGUCAGCGCCAUGAGUGAUUAUCAGAGAGCCAUUUCCCUCAACCCCACCUGUGCUCUUGCUUUCUUCAAUGCUGCCAACCUCUAUUUCUACAACAGACAGUUUGAGCAGGCGUGUGAGUACUACAGCCGGGCCAUUGAGCUGGACCCUAGUGACGAGUCGCCCAUCCUGAACCGAGCCAUUAGCCUAGCUCUGCUGCGGAAAAUUCCAGAGUCCUUACAGGACUUCAGUGAAGCUCUCCGUCUCUGCCCUUAUUCAGCUCAUAUCUACUUCAACAGAGCUAACCUGUACCACUCCCUCAGAAAGUAUAAAGCAGCAGAGAGGGAAUUCACACAAGCUCUCCAGCUUCAGCCUGACGAUGCUCUGCUGUAUAAGCUCAGGGCAGAUGUGCGUGGUCAUCUAGGGCUUAUGGAGGAAGCAGUCAAGGACUACAGAACUGCAGUGGAGCUCCAGGAUUCUAUACAGCGUCCAGAUUCUUUUAGCAGGACGCUGCCCACAGGACAUGGCCCACAGGAUAUGGCCCACAGGACGCUGCCCACAGGAAAUGGCCCAUGGGAAGCUUCCCAUUGGAAGCUACCCAUCUGACACGGACCACAAGACACGGCCCACAGCACGCUGCCCACAGGACACAGCCCACAGGACGGCAGCCCAGCAAUGACAUUGAGGUGUUUAAACUUCAGCAGUAGUGCACAAUCUGAUAUACUCAUACCAGAGCAAAACGUGCUACUAUACGUUAUAUCUUGUGUAUAUAUGUUUGUUGUACAUUAUCAGGCAAACGCUACUGCUCAUUCAGUGUUUUUCAGUUCAGUAACAAAACCUACUCUUCUGUUAACACUUAGAUGUUGUAGAUGUUGGAUCAUGGUUGUCCAGGGCAUUAGAAGAAACUGCUCCCUGUAGGACUUUAUAAAUUCAUGGCACAUGUACCGAACAACAGUUCUUUUUAAAACCACAUGCUUUCCAAAAACUGCUUUCAACAUUGAAUUGAAUAAGUUAUUAAUUCAUAAGAACACCCUGAUCUUUAACUGAUAUUUUCUGGACUGCUAACAGUCUCUCUGCAGGAUUACUCAAAUAGUUUUCAUACAGCACAAAAUUAAAAGACAGUAGGUGAUACUUUGCGUUCUUCGAGCAGUCGUGACACUAGUUCAUACAAAGACUGAAGAAGGACGGAUAUUGUGUAUAUGUAUAGUAUUCAAGUGUUAUUGUUGGGUGUGGGGGUAUACAACGUUGUGAAAAUAAUUCUGGGACACUACAUAUUCCAGCUUGUUUUUCAUUUAUUAUGUGCUGUUCCAUUUUAUACAGGAAUGUGUAGGCAGACCUCACCCCUAAUGAAAUGUUCUGCUUAGUGGUUCAGAGAGUUACAGGUUUAAUGGCUGUGUGUUAUUCUGCGUUAAGGGGGGGGGGUAAUUAAGGAAAGACUGCGUUUGGUGGUUGUGUAGUCAUUUAUCCAUUAACCUGUCUCUGUAUUUGGAGUACAGUUCAGCUGUGAUUGACAGUUAUGGCUUAGCACCGCUGGCCUACUUGCAUUUACAACAGAGGCUAAUAGCAUGCUCAUGUUUAAAGGCCAUUUACAAAUUCCUGCCAGCAAAAUACCUUCUUAUUCUACACUACAAUAAAAUAACCUGGAAUGUCAAAUUGUAUAAUUUUGGAAACGUAUUAAAUGUAUCGUAUUGAGAUUAUUAUUGUAAGAGUAUUCACUUUAUUUCUAGACUGUUUAUAAAUUUUAAGCACAUCCCAAAAUCAGAAUCAGGACAUUAGUAUGAGCCCAAGAUUUUAAUGUUUUAUCUGGUUAACCUAAUUUCACUUGUUAAUAUACAUUCCUGCAUUUCAGACCUAAACAAACAUUCCAAAAAAGUUAAUAAUAAUGAGCUAAAAAUACUAAAUAAUGAUGUGAUUUUAAACAGAUGAUGUCAGCAACAGUGUGUGUGAUGGUACCAUGGUCAGUUGUCAUAAGUCACAUGUCCAAAAGGCAUGGUGUCAUGGCAAGUGGUGCACUGUCAGAUCACCCUUGAACUAGGACAUUACUGGCACCAUGACAGCAAAAUGUUAAAAAGACAAUGACUCCUUUUUCAAACCUUUUAAGAAUACGUGCAUUCUGGUGCACUCUUCCAACAGGACAAGGCUCAUCCACAUAAUGCUGCUAUCUCAAAUGCUUGUUGUGAAUACACAGGUGGUGUUCCAUUACAAAACACAUUGUUAUGAUGACACUUUUUGUCUCUGAGUUUGUUUAAUCUAUUAACGUCUUAAAGUGUAAAACUCAAUAAAUAUUGUUCAUAUCAGUUAUUUUUUAAUAAUUUAUUGUUCUUGAUGACCUUCAUCUUUCUUACAA